AUGCUCCGGCCGUGGCUGCUGCUGUCCUGCUGCGGAACCCUGCUCAGCACUGGUCUGGCCGCCACUUCCUACACCAGCCCAGGCCUCUGGAGGCUGAAGGACUCUCCACAGACAGCCCCAGACAAAGGCCAGUGCUCCACGUGGGGGGCUGGUCACUUCUCCACCUUCGACCACCAUGUGUACGACUUCUCGGGGACGUGCAACUACAUCUUCGCGGCCACGUGCAAGGACGCCUUCCCCACCUUCAGUGUCCAGCUGCGGCGAGGUCCAGACGGGAGCAUCUCGCGGAUCAUCGUGGAGCUGGGGGCCUCCGUCGUCACCGUGAGCGAAGCUACCAUCUCAGUCAAGGACAUCGGGGUCAUCGGCCUGCCCUACACCAGCAAUGGGCUCCAGAUCACACCCUUUGGCCAGAGUGUGCGGCUGGUGGCCAAGCAGCUGGAGCUAGAGCUAGAGGUCAUGUGGGGCCCCGACAGCCACCUCAUGGUUCUGGUGGAGCGGAAGUACAUGGGCCAGAUGUGUGGGCUCUGUGGGAACUUUGACGGGAAUGUGACCAAUGAGUUUGUCAGUGAGGAGGGCAAGUUCCUGGAACCCCACAAGUUCGCUGCCCUCCAGAAGCUGGACGACCCCGGUGAGAUCUGCACCUCCGAGGACAUCCCUAACACCCACGUCCGGCAGGCCCAGCAUGCCCAGAUCUGCACCCAGCUGCUGACCCUGGUGGCCCCCGAGUGCAACGUGUCCAAGGAGCCCUUCAUGCUAAGCUGCCAGGCAGACGUGGCCGCAGCCACCCAGCCGGGCCCACAGAACAGCAGCUGUGCCACCCUGUCCGAGUACUCCCGCCAGUGCAGCAUGGUGGGCCAGCCCGUCCGCCGCUGGCGGGGCCCCGGCCUGUGCUCUGUGGGUCAGUGCCCAGCCAACCAGGUGUACCAGGAGUGCGGCUCGGCCUGCGUGAAGACCUGCUCCAACCCGCAGCACAGCUGCUCCAGCUCCUGCACCUUCGGGUGCUUCUGCCCGGAAGGUACGGUCCUGAAUGACCUCUCCAGUAACCACACCUGCGUGCCCGUCACCCAGUGCCCCUGUCUGCUCAACGGUGCCAUGUAUGCCCCCGGGGAGGUCACAAUAGCCGCCUGCCAAACUUGCCAGUGCACCCAGGGCCGCUGGGCGUGCAGGGAGCGGCCAUGCCCUGGCCACUGCUCGCUGGAAGGUGGCUCCUUCGUCACCACGUUCGACGCCAGGCCCUACCGCUUCCACGGCACCUGCACCUACAUCCUCCUCCAGAGCCCCCAGCUUCCUGAGGACGGUGCCCUCAUGGCUGUGUAUGACAAGUCCGGCUUCUCACACUCCGAGACCUCCCUGGUGGCUGUGGUCUAUCUCUCCAGGCAGGACAAAAUUGUGAUCUCUCAGGACGAGGUGGUCACCAACAAUGGAGAAGCCAAGUGGCUGCCAUACAAGACUCGCAACAUCACAGUCUUCAGGCAGACGUCCACCCACCUCCAGAUGGCCACCAGCUUCGGGUUGGAACUCGUGGUCCAGCUGCGCCCCGUCUUUCAGGCCUACAUCACUGUUGGGCCCCAGUUCAGAGGUCAGACCAGAGGGCUCUGCGGCACCUUCAACGGGGACACUACGGACGACUUCACCACCAGCGUGGGUAUUGCCGAGGGCACCGCCUCGCUGUUUGUGGACUCCUGGCGGGCGGGGAACUGUCCAGCCGCUCUGGAGCGUGAGACUGACCCCUGCUCCAUGAGCCAGCUCAACAAGGUGUGUGCGGAGACCCACUGUUCCAUGCUGCUGAGGACUGGCACGGUGUUCGAGAGGUGCCAUGCCACAGUGAACCCCACGCCCUUCUACAAGAGGUGCGUGUACCAGGCCUGCAACUACGAGGAGACCUUCCCCCACAUCUGUGCCGCCCUGGGCGACUAUGUACACGCCUGCUCCUCACGGGGCGUCCUGCUCUGGGGCUGGAGAAGCAGCGUGGACAACUGCACCGUCCCCUGCACGGGCAACACCACCUUCAGCUACAACAGCCAAGCCUGUGGGCGCACUUGCCUGUCGCUGUCGGACCGUGCCGCCGAGUGCCAUGCCAGCGCAGUGCCCGUGGACGGUUGCAACUGCCCCAAUGGCACCUACCUGAACCACAAGGGCGAGUGUGUGCGCAAGGCCCAGUGCCCGUGCACACUGGAGGGUUACAAGUUCAUCCUGGCCGAUCAGUCCACCAUCAUCAACGGCGUCACCUGCUACUGCAUCAACGGGCGGCUGACUUGUCCGCAGCGGCUACAGAUGUUCCUGGCCUCCUGCCAGGCCCCCAAGACCUUCAAGUCCUGCAACCAGUCCUCGGAGAACAAGUUUGGGGCAGCCUGUGCCCCCACAUGCCAGAUGCUGGCCACUGGUGUUGCCUGCGUGCCCACCAAGUGUGAGCCUGGCUGUGUCUGCGCCGAGGGCCUCUACGAGAAUGCUGACGGGCAGUGUGUGCCCCCUGAGGAGUGUCCGUGUGAGUUCUCAGGGGUCUCCUACCCUGGAGGAGCUGAGCUCCACACCGACUGCAGGACCUGCACCUGCUCCAGAGGGAGGUGGGACUGCCAGCAGGGCACCCACUGCCCGUCCACCUGUACCCUCUACGGGGAGGGCCACGUUGUCACCUUUGACGGCCAACGCUUCGUAUUCGACGGCAACUGCGAGUAUAUCCUGGCCACGGACGGGUGUGGUGCCAACGAUUCACAGCCGACCUUCAAGAUCCUGACAGAGAACGUCAUCUGUGGGAACUCCGGGGUCACGUGUUCACGCGCCAUCAAGAUCUUCCUGGGGGGCCUGUCCGUGGUGCUGGCAGACAGAAACUACACGGUCACCGGGGAGGAGUCCCACGUGCAGCUCAGUGUGAGGCCAGGCACGCUGAGCCUUGUCGUGGACAUCAGUGUCCCUGGAAGGUACAACCUGACACUCAUCUGGAACAGGCACAUGACCAUCCUCAUCAGGAUCACCCGUGCCUCGCAGGAUCCCCUCUGCGGCUUGUGUGGCAACUUCAACGGGAAUAUGAAGGACGACUUUGAGACGCGCAGCAGGUACGUGGCGUCCAGCGAGCUGGAGUUCGUGAACUCGUGGAAGGAGAGCCCGCUGUGCGGGGACAUGAGCUUCGUGGCGGACCCCUGCAGCCUCAAUGCCUUCCGGAGCUCCUGGGCUGAGCGCAAGUGCAGCAUCAUCAACAGCCAGACCUUUGCUGCCUGCCACAGCAAGGUAUACCACCUGCCCUACUACGAGGCCUGCGUGCGCGACGCAUGUGGGUGUGACAGUGGUGGGGACUGUGAGUGUCUGUGCGACGCUGUGGCCGCCUACGCCCAAGCCUGUCUAGACAAGGGUGUGUGUGUGGACUGGAGGACCCCAGCCUUCUGCCCCAUCUACUGCGGCUUCUACAACACGCACACGCAAGACAGCCACGGCGAGUACCAGUACACCCAGGAGGCCAACUGCACAUGGCACUACCAGCCCUGCCUCUGCCCCGGCCAACCACAGAGUGUCCCAGGCAGCAACAUCGAAGGCUGCUACAACUGCUCCCAGGAUGAGUACUUCGACCACAAGGAGGGGGUGUGCGUGCCCUGCAUGCCAGCCACCACACCGCAGCCAUCCACCACAGAGCUGGGGGAGGAGCUCAGCCCACAGCCAGGCAGCAGCCUGGUCCCUGUGGCCCUGGCUGGACCCACGGAUGAGCACACAGUGGGGCCUCAACAGGUGACCGCCGCCAUGCAGAAGGCCCGGCCAAGAGCCAGGCUGCACUCAGAGAGCCACGGGCCAGCCCUCAACUGCGUGCCUGGCACAUCAGCCCCUGCAGGGCUGCCCGGCUUCAGGGCCAAGCAGGCAGCGGGGAGGGUGCUCCCCAAGGAUGUGCCAGUGCCCUGCAGCCCUGAUGGCAUGUCCAUCCACCCAGGCUCACGGCCCACACAAGUCUGGCCCACAACGGGAACCUCCACCACCAUCGGGCUUCUCAGCUCCACCGGACCCUCAUCCAGCUCCAAAAGCACCCCUGCCAGCCCCACUCAGACACCCCUCCUUCCAGCCACGCUCACAUCCUCCAAGCCCACAGCCUCCUCGGGAGAACCACCUAGACCAAUCACGGCCGUCACCCCACAAGCCACAUCAGGGCUGCCUCCCACAGCCACACUGAGCUCGACAGCCACAAAACCCACAGUGACCCAGGCCACAACCAGGGCCACGGCAUCGACCUCCAGCCCAGCCACAACGUCCACAGCUCAGUCCACAACACGGACCACGGUGACACCACCACCACCAGCCACAUCAGGGACAAGCCCCACGCUGCCAAAAUCGACGAGUCAGGAACUGCCAGGAACAACGGCCACCCAGACAACAGGCCCACGUCCAACCCCAGAGAGCACCACGGGCCCAACCACCCCACAGCCAGGACAACCCACGAGGCCUACAGCCACAGAGACAACUCAAACAGGAAUGACUACUGAAUACACAACGCCCCAAACCCCACACAUCACACACUCCCCACCAGUGGGGAGUCCCAUUGCUUCCACAGGUCCUAUCACUGCUACAUCCUUCCAGACCACCACUACCUAUCCAACCCCAUCACACCCUCAGACCACACUUCCCACUCACGUUCCACCUUUCUCCACUUCCUUGGUGACUCCAACUACUCACACUGUCAUCACUCCUACCCACGUACAGAUGUCAACUUCUACCUCCAUCCACUCUACGCCAACAGGCACCAUUCCUCCACCAACAACAGUCAAGGCUACAGGGUCCACCCACACAGCCCUACCAAUGACGGUGGCCACUAGUGGGACCAGCCAAGUCCCAAGUUCAUUCAGCACAGCCAAAACCCCUACAUCCCUACAUUCACACACUUCUUCCACACACCAUCCUCAAGUCACCCCAACUUCUACCACCAUCACCCCCAAUCCCACCAGUACAGGAACCGGCACCCCUGUGCCCCACACCACCUCAGCCACCAGCAGCAAGCCACCUACACCCUUCACCUCACACUCCCCACCUACAGGGAGCAGUCCCAUCUCCUCCACAGGUCCUAUGACUGCAACAUCCUUCAAGACCACCACUACCUAUCCAACCCCAUCACACCCUCAGACCACACUUCCCACUCACGUUCCACCUCUCUCCACCUCCUUGGUGACUCCAAGUACUCAAACAGUCAUCACCCCUACCCACGCACAGAUGUCCACUUCUGCUUCCAUCCAUUCAAUGCCAACAGCCACCAUUUCUCCACCAACAACAGUCAAGGCCACAGCGUCCACCCACACAGCCCCACCAAUUACGGCAACCACCAGUGGGACCAGCCAAGCCCUGAGCUCAUUCAGCACAGCCAAAACCUCUACAUCCCUACAUUCACACACUUCUUCCAUACACCAUCCUGAAGUCACCCCAACUUCUACCACCAUCACCUCCAAUCCCACCAGUACAGGAACCGCCCCACCAAUGACGACAACCACCAACAGGAACAGCCAAGCCCACAGUUCAUUCAGCACAGCCAAAACCUCUACACCCCUACAUUCACACACUUCUUCCACACACCAUCCUGAAGUCACCCCAACUUCUACCACCAUCACCCCCAACCCCACCAGUACAGGAACCAGCACCCCCGUGGCCCACACCACCUCGGCCACCAGCAGCAGGCUACCCACACCCUUCACCACACACUCCCCACCUACGGGGAGCAGUCCUGUCUCUUCCACAGGUCCUAUCACUGCAACAUCCUUCCAGACCACCACUACCUAUCCAACACCAUCACACCCUCAGACCACACUUCCCACUCACGUUCCACCUUUCUCCACCUCCUUGGUGACUCCAACUACUCACACAGUCAUCACACCUACCCAAACACAGAUGUCCACUUCUGCCUCCAUCCAUUCAAUGCCAACAGGCACCAUUUCUCCACCGACAACAGUCGAGGCCACAGGGUCCACCCACACAGCCCCACCAAUGACGGCCACCACCAGUGGGACCAGCCAAGCCCUGAGCUCAUUCAGCACAGCCAAAACCUCUACAUCCCUACAUUCACACUCUUCCUCCACACACCAUCCUGAAGUCACCCCAACUUCUACCACCAUCACCCCCAACCCCACAACUACAGGAACUGGCACCCCUGUGGCCCACACCACCUUGGCCACCAGCAGCAGGCUACCCACACCCUUCACCACACACUCCCCACCUACGGGGAGCAAUCCCGUCUCUUCCACAGGUCCUAUCACUGCAACAUCCUUCCAGACCACCACUACCUAUCCAACACCAUCACACCCUCAGACCACACUUCCCACUCACGUUCCACCUUUCUCCACCUCCUUGGUGACUCCAACUACUCACACAGUCAUCACACCUACCCAAACACAGAUGUCCACUUCUGCCUCCAUCCAUUCAAUGCCAACAGGCACCAUUUCUCCACCGACAACAGUCGAGGCCACAGGGUCCACCCACACAGCCCCACCAAUGACAGUGACUACCAGCGGGACCAGCCAAGCCCACAGCUCACUCAGCACAACCACAGCCUCUUCUUCCUUCUUAUCUUCCUCCUCGUGGUGGCCCCAGAACUCUAGCUCAAGGCCACCGUCACCACCUUCUGCCACCACACAACUCCCCGACUUGAGUUCUGCAACCACUCCUGUUUCUACAACUACUCAGCUGUCCUCCUCAUUUUCUCCCACUCCUUCUGCCCAGUCUUCUGUUUCUUCUCAUGUACCCUCCUCCCACUCCUUUCCCCAGACUUCGUCUUCAGCUGGUACAUCUUUCUCUGUCGUGUCCGCCCCCGUGCACUCCACUACCCUGAGCUCGAGCUCGCACUCGUUCUUCACUCAUCCCACGACUGCAUCAGGGUCUGUAUCUCCUCUUUUUCCUUCUUCUCCAGCUGCCUCUACCACCAUUAGGGCCUCUCUCCCCCACACUAUCUCCUCUCCUUUCACCCUCUCUGCUCUACUCCCCAUAUCCACUCUUACUGUGUCUCCCACCCCAUCCAGUCACCCAGCCUCCAGCACCACUGCAUUUCCGUCCACGCCCAGGACCACGGCCAGCACCCACACCGCCCCUGCCUUCUCCUCUCAGUCCACCACCUCACGGUCCACUUCUCUCACCACCCGAGUUCCCACGUCAGGCUUUGUGUCACUCACCUGGGGGGUGACGGGUAUCCCCAGCUCUCCAGUCACCAACCUUACCACCAGGCACCCUGGUCCCACCUCACUGCCUACCACGCAGUUCCUGACCAGCUCCCUCACUGCACAUGGAAGCGCCCCUGCUUCUGCCCCGGUAUCUUCUCUCGGGACACCUACGCCCACCUCACCUGGGGUCUGCAGCGUGCAGGAGCGGCAGGAGGAGAUCACGUUCAAGGGGUGCAUGGCGAACGUGACAGUAACCCGCUGUGAGGGCACCUGCAUUUCUGCCGCCAGUUUCAACACCAUCACCCAGCAGAUGGACGCCCACUGCGGCUGCUGCCGCCCCCUCCACUCCCAUGAGCAGCAGCUGGAGCUGCCCUGCCCAGACCCCAGCGCGCCUGGCCAGUGGCUCGUACUCACCCUGCAGGUGUUCAGCCGCUGCGAGUGCAGCUCUGUGGCCUGUGGAGACUAG